UUCUUCUUGACUUUCCAGCAAAUAGCACAAUCAUCAUGUAUAGGAAGGUUGUUGUUCUGUUCGUGUUAGCGGGGCUGGCUUUGUCUGUUCCCUCCGAUACUUAUGGGCCUCCUGCCCACCAUCAGACAUACAAAGAGGAACCCCAGCCUUACCAGUACCAGUACGCUGUUCAAGACGAAUAUGCUGGCACAGACUUCGGUCAGACAGAGGAAUCCGACGGUCAAACAGUGAAGGGGUCGUACACCGUUCAGCUACCAGACGGACGCAAACAAACAGUGACCUAUGUUGCCGACCACUAUGGAGGUUAUAAAGCUGAGGUUACUUACUACGGAGAGGCCCAGUACCCGCACGAAUAUGGGCCCCCCAUCACCUUCAAGCCCCAGAGCUACCACGAGCCUGCAUAUAAGCCUGAGCCUUCGUACAAUCCUGCACCUUCUUACACUCCCGAACCCUCUUAUCACUAGAUGAUGUCACGACAACUCUUCCCUUGGCAAUUUUGUCCCAACGAGAUUUACUGUACAUUAUUUAUCCCAACAUAAAUUAUUGAGAAUAUC